GACUUACCAGGACGGGUGGUGAUGGUUCCCGGUCAUCAGUCGUGUUACUGCCAUCACCCACACCGCCCCUCUCCUUGUGUUGUCAGCUACACGUUUGGAGAAAAAGGAAGUGAGGGGUGCUUCAGCAGGCGGUGGUCAGAGGAUAAACACUUGCCACAACUCGUGUGUUUAAGUACAAGACUUAGUAUUACUAUACAUCUUCAGCAUAACGUACCUGAAGUUAAGUACAUUUUGUGUCUUGCAUCCAUGUGACUGAUCAAACCUGUACUGUAAACAACAUGUUAAUAAUGACAGCUAAGUGUCGGCGUCGACGACUGGGCUUGGUGAUGGGGGCGUUGACGGUGGCGGGAGUGGUGGCGGUGUUAUGGCUGGUGUCAAAUGCAUCUCCUAUUCUCAAAAAUCCCAUAUUUUUGGUUACUCCUCGCCAAAGCCAUCUGCCUCGUGUUUACCAUACGCCGGGAGUGGAACUGCACACAGAAGUGGGGACAGAAAUGCCCUCUGACCGCCUUUGGCACCUGGACUUAAAAGGCGGUGCCCCUCGGAUAAAAGUUAUUGAAGGGAUUAUGAUGCUGGCGGCACGGGCGGGGGCAACGGGCGUGCUGCUAGAAUGGGAAGACAUGUUCCCCUUCUCGGGUGCCCUAGCCAACCUUUCCGCCCGCAACGCCUACACUCAUGAAGAAGUGAAACACAUUGCGACAGCAGCUAAGACUGCAGGACUGACGAUGGUUCACCUGAUGCAGAGUCUAGGCCACCUGGAGUACGCCCUCAAGUUGCCACAGUGGGUGAUGCUGAGGGAGGGGGAGAGCCCGGCGGAGGCGUGCCCCUCCCACCCUGGCACGGCGCGACUGGUCAUCGAAGCGGUCAAUCAACUCAUGGAGGCGGUACCCACGUCAAUCAUUCACAUCGGCGCUGAUGAAGUGUUUACACUUGCCCAGUGUAAGCGUUGUCAGGCACGUGAGCAAGCGCCCCUCCGGCUGUACGUAGAUCACGUGGCGCACGUUGCACAACACGUCAAGUCCAGGUGGGGGGUACGAGUGCUGGUGUGGGACGAUAUGCUGCGACACGCGCCGUCUUACCUGCUGCACUCCUUGGCCGGGCUGGUGGAGCCCACAGUGUGGGCAUAUGGACCGGAUGUAUCAAGGAUGGUGCCACCCUACAUAUUAAGGACUUACUCGGCCGUCUUCCCCAGGGUGUGGUUGGCUCCGGCCUUUAAAGGCGCCACAGGGCCCCUCGCCAUUAUGCCGGAUGCAGCCAGGCACGCCGCCAACACCCUAGCCUGGGUGCAGGUAGGUCAGCGGAUGAAGCACUACGCGAAUCUAAAUGUUGCCGGCAUUGUGAUCACCGGAUGGUCUCGCUACGAUCAUUUUGCAGUAUUGUGUGAGCUGCUGCCCCCGUCCACGCCGUCGCUGGUAGUGACAUUGUUGACAGCUUCCCGUGGGUUUAUGACUCCGGCCACACUGCACGACGCCCACACCCUGCUGGACUGUCCCCCACAUGUGAUGCUCGACCCUGCCAGAGACCCUCAUCUCUGGGCUGCCCGCGACUGCGCCUUUCCUGGUGCCAACAUGGUUUCCUUCCUUCACCGGUACGUCCGCUUGAGGGACGAUGUGAAGACCUUGCAGAGAGAAGCAGAAGAGAGGGGUGGCUGGCUGACAGCCUACAACAUCCGUCAUAAUUUUUCGUCCCCAAAUAGGGUGCGUGAGUACAUGACAAACCUGCGCUCCUUUAUCUCAGCCCUGAAAGACCUGCACGGCGAGGCAGAAGCGGUUUUGACCCAGUACCACAACACUGCCACUGUGGAGGAGUGGACAGAGCAGCACCUGCUCCCCCUGAACCUCACGUUGUCCAAGUUUACCAGCGUGUCUGCCACACUCCUCAGUCACAAGACCUGGCCCAGGAGACCCCUAGAAGGGCGGCCGAGUUCCGCCACCUGAGGUUCUCUGCCCAUAACCUCACCCACGUAAAUGAACGGUACAUACAGCCCCUGCCAAACUUGUUUCUGAAAAUGAAACGAGAUAGUGGCACGAGUCUACCGCGGACUGUAGGUUGGCUCUCUUUCAUAAAGGAAGAUUCAUCAACUCUGGACAAUAAGGAGCGACGUCAUGGCGGAGCUCCUCGAAGGAUCACUACUACUAUACUGUAAAUCAGUGAAUACACUCUGUACAUGUCACGCUGCAACAAGCUAAGAACUCAAACUGUUGAGCUAAAGUUCGUAUACCACGUGAACUCUAUAUUAUCUUCCCUGUUAAAGAAAAAAUGUGAUGACAAUAAAACCGUAACAGAGACGUGACCGACCGCCCAAGUAGCUAAUGAGCCGAUCAGUGGUACAGUGGAUCAAAGCAAAAGUAAAAGAACAAAUUUUCCCACCUCUACGAAGCAUUUAGUGGAAGAAGUUCUGUGAGACACCAAUGAUUGUGACAACCACAAACCUGUAUUGUUCUCUCAGUGUCUCAACAAUCGCGCCACCCUGACUCCUAUUCUUACCGAGAAGAGAGAAAACGGGCGUGUAAAUUAAGUUUAUACGAGUGUGCAUAUAAGGGUGUACAAUAAUUAUUUCUUUUAAAUAAUAUUAUUAUCAUCAGCCUCUAUGAGCCAUAAAUAAUCACUGUCUGUGUUUUUAUUAUUUUGAUUUUACGUGGAGAAACUUAAGUAGAUUCUUGUCUUACUAUGAUCAUCCUCUUGUAAUUGUGUACAUAAACUUUUGUAAAUAUCGUACUAAAGUGAAUAUUUAGUUUAAUGACAUUUAAUAGUAUUUACUGUAUAAGUAUAUAAUUAAGAGGGGUGCUCAACUAAGCUGGUUUAUAAUAAAAAUAUCAGUACCACA